AGAGGCCGUUGAACAUUGCCUGUUGGUUGUCGUCAGCUGUGUGUUGAAGAAAAGGAACAAGACCGGAAUUUGUGAACGAAUAUGAAGAUAUGAACUCAGACAGGACAACUGUGAAGACAGCGACCUUGGUGAAAAUGAGGCCAUGAUGCCCCCCUCAGGUACCGAACUGAAAGUAAUUUUUACUUUAAUUUUUUCAACUUUAGAUCUCAUUUCGUUAAAAAAGACAGCAAUGGGUCGUAGUUGUUGUUCGCGUAGGUUAAGACUAAUAUUAUUCAUCAUAAGUGUGACAGCACUGAUGGUUUGGAAAUGCAAAUCAUUAACUUCCAAUGUGAAGAGUGAGAAUGCUACUGAGAGCCCAAACAUCGUAAGCCUUCGUGAAAGCAACAUCACUACGUCUCGACAAGGUGGCGUCACGGUAUCGCGGUAUGGCGUCCUAAAUACGUCAUCGAUAGAUGACGUCGGCAAAUGGUUCGACAACCAUGACGCGGAGGAAGAUGUGUUGUUGAAUCUACAUCAGUUUCAGUACAAACUUCAGUCUGAUAUUUGCAGCAGACAUAAGCCUGACGCCAUCGUGCUUGUCAGUACUGCUGCCGAUCAUUUCAGAGCCAGAGAUUUCAUCAGACAGACAUGGGGGGCGGCCAAACAUAUCGGAAGUGUGUCGUUGUCUACUGUAUUUUUCGUGGGCUUGCCAUACACGAAUAGCCUUAAACCCGUGGAUCGCAGUAGUGAAAAAGGAAUGCUUGAUUUGAAUGAAACGUCUACGGGACUAAAUCAACAGGAUCAUGGUCAAGGCCAGGUUCCACCCGAGGUUCAAAGACUUCUGGAAAGCGAGGCAUCAACAUAUGGCGACAUUGUGCAAGGUAACUUUGUCGACUCGUACCAUAAUUUGACCUACAAGCAUAUUAUGGAGUUAGGAUGGGUGGGGUCACACUGUCCGAAGGUGAAGGUCAUUGCGAAGAUAGACGAUGACAUUAUGUUGAAUGUGUAUAACCUUGCACAAUUUGUCCGAAGAAAUGUGGAUUUGACACGCUCAUUUUACUGCUUUGUGAUGGAAAGGAAGCGGCCGUUUAGGCUUCUGGGAACGAAGUGGCAUGUAUCUGAGAAGGAGUAUCCCUUUAAGGAAUAUCCGACAUUUUGUAAAGGAUUUGGUUACCUUAUGUCACCGGAAGUCGCCCGAACUCUCUACGCAGCAUCUCGCUUCAAGCGAUUCUAUUGGAUAGACGACGUAUUCGUCACAGGCAUACUUUCAAAGGGUAUGGGACUGACGUUUCUCCCGCUGGAAAAGGAACACAGCUACAGGACAGACAACAGCAGUAUCUCUGACAGGCUUUUUGUUGACAUUGCUGCACACAGUGACGGUUAUUCAUUAUGGAACACCAUUAAAUCAAAAAGUCAAUUAUCUUAAAACAGUUUUUUGGAUUCGUCGGUACUUGAUGCCAAUCCGAGAUUUGUCUAAUGUCAUAAAAUCAAAUAUUUUACGCUCGGCGGUUCGAUCUCUGGCCGCGUCAUACCAAAAUACGUUAAAACAUGGUACUUGUUG